GGUUCUCGUUGUUUUGAUUCCGACAUGAGAGAAUCUUGAGCAUCUUAAGUCGUCGGAAAAAUGGUAAUCGCGAUAGGAUUUGAGGGCAGUGCCAACAAGUUGGGCGUGGGAAUAGUCAAGGAUGGCGAGGUGAUUGUAAAUGUGCGGAGAACCUACAUAACACCGCCGGGAGAAGGAUUCCUGCCCCGGGAGACUGCGCAGCACCACCGCGGCAAGAUUAUAGAACUGCUGAAGGAGGCGCUGAGGGACGCCAAGAUGUCCUAUGAGGACAUCGACGUGGUGUGCUACACAAAAGGCCCGGGAAUGGCGCCUCCGCUGCUCACAGUGGCCAUCGUAGCCAGGACUGUGGCGCAACUGUGGAACAAGCCCAUUCUGGGCGUGAAUCACUGCAUAGGACACAUCGAGAUGGGGCGUCUGAUAACUCGAGCGCAGAAUCCCACCGUUUUGUACGUCAGUGGCGGGAACACGCAAGUGAUCGCGUAUUCCCGGAAACGCUACAGGAUCUUCGGAGAGACGAUCGACAUCGCCGUGGGGAAUUGCCUAGAUCGCUUCGCGCGCAUCAUCAAGCUAUCCAACGAUCCGAGCCCGGGAUACAAUAUUGAGCAGUUGGCCAAGAAGGGUCAAAAGCUCCUACCGCUUCCGUACUCCGUCAAGGGCAUGGACGUGAGCUUCUCAGGCAUCUUAUCCUACAUCGAGAGACACGCUGUACCUCAGAAGACGCCCGGCAGGAAGACCGUGGAACAGUGGUCGCCCGAGGAUCUCUGCUUCUCGCUCCAGGAGACGCUGUUCGCGAUGCUGGUGGAGACGACGGAGCGCGCGAUGGCGCAUUGUGGCUCAGGAGAGGUGCUGAUCGUGGGCGGCGUGGGCUGCAACGAGCGCCUGCAGGAGAUGAUGGGCGUUAUGUGCCAGGAGCGCGGCGCGCGCCUGUUCGCCACUGACGAGCGCUUCUGCAUCGACAACGGUGUGAUGAUAGCACACGCGGGGGCGGAGAUGUUCAGGAGCGGCACGAGGAUGCCUUGGCGCGAGGCGACGGUUACACAGCGCUUCCGGACGGACGACGUGGAAGUGAGUUGGCGAGAAGAUUGAGAGACAUUUGGCCAAUAAAAGGAUAUUUUAUUGCAUA